CAAGAGCAGACAUGCUGUGUGGGCUCAGCCGGGAGACCCCUGGAGAGGCGGACGAUGGGCCUUACUGCAAAGGAGGCAAGGUCGCAGGAGGGGCUGAUGUGGCUCUGGCGUGCCGCAGGCAGAGCAUUCCAGAGGAGUUCCGAGGGGUCACCAUGGUGGAGCUGACCAAGAAGGAAGGCAGCACGCUGGGCCUGACCAUCUCGGGUGGCACCGACAAGGAUGGGAAGCCCAGGGUCUCCAACCUGAGGCCUGGGGGGCUCGCAGCCAGGAGUGACCUGCUGAAUGUGGGCGACUACAUCCGGUCAGUGAACGGGAUCCACUUGACCAGGCUCCGCCACGAUGAGAUCAUCACUCUGCUCAAGAACGUGGGAGAGCGCGUGGUGCUGGAGGUGGAGUAUGAGCUGCCCCCGCCCGCCCCUGAGAACAACCCAGGGAUCGUUUCAAAGACAGUGGAUGUCUCCCUCUACAAGGAGGGCAAUAGCUUUGGCUUUGUCCUCAGAGGAGGUGCCCAUGAAGACGGGCACAAGUCCCGGCCGCUCGUCCUGACCUACGUGCGGCCCGGCGGCCCUGCCGACAGGGAGGGCUCCUUGAAGGUGGGGGACAGGCUACUCAGCGUUGACGGGAUCCUGCUGCAUGGGGCCAGCCACGCCACUGCUCUGGCCACCCUGCGGCAGUGCAGCCACGAGGCACUCUUCCAGGUGGAGUAUGAUGUGGCCAUUCCAGACACAGUGGCCAAAGCUUCAGGGCCCCUGAUAGUGGAAAUAACCAAGACGCCAGGGUCCGCCUUGGGGAUCUCGCUCACCACCGGCUCCCACCGGAACAAGCCAGUCAUCACCAUCGACCGCAUCAAGCCGGCCAGUGUGGUGGACAGGAGUGGGGCCCUGCAUGCCGGAGACCGCAUCCUGUCCAUUGAUGGCACCAGCACUGAACACUGCUCUCUGCUUGAGGCCACCAAACUCCUGGCUAGCGUGUCGGAGAAAGUGCGGCUGGAGAUCCUACCUGCGCCCCAGAGUCGGUGGCCCCUGAAGCCCUCAGAGGCAGUGAAGGUGCAGAGGAGCGAGCAGCCACAUCGCUGGGACCCCUGCGUGCCCUCCUGCCACAGCCCCCGGCCCGGCCACUGCAGGACACCCACCUGGGCCACCCCUGCCAGCCAGGACCAGAGCCGAUCCUUGUUCUCAUCUCCCUUUUCCUCGCCGACCAUGAACCACGCCUUUCCCUGCACCAAUCCCAGCACCCUUCCCCGCGGAUCCCAACCCAUGAGCCCCCGGACCACAAUGGGGCGGAGGAGGCAGCGAAGAAGAGAACACAAGAGCUCAUGUAAGCCAUGGUCUCUUCCCUCCCCUCUGGGCUGCCUCUGUGCCUGA